UCAGACUGGGAGGAGACUGGGCCCGCCUUCUUGUUAGACACGCCUCUAUGUUCAAGGAACACCGCUUCAUACAUACACUGUUGUUAGCGACGUAGCCACUACGGCCAGUUUCAUUUUUGACAUUUUCAUUUGCGACCACUUCUCAGAACUUCACUUUUUAUCACGGCCAGGUGAAUGCACGAGUAGCGGUUUACUGGUUGGGCCCAUUUACACUGGUGUGUCAAAUUGUUGCUGGUGGCAGUCCUGCGAGGACUGAGAAGCCCUCUGCACCUACGUCUAUUACUUGAAAGACGGUCCCUAACCAGCUGCCACAGCCAUUCUGUUGAACAAUGAUAGCAUGUCCAUCUAGGCCCCUUUGAGUAUGCGUAUACAAUGAAGAGGCGUGUGGAGGACCAGGAACCAAUAUUUGCCCCCCAGCAACAGCAAUCACGUCGUCCCCCGGUGCAAGGUAUUGCAGACAGCUUCCAGCUCCGGGCCCUCGCCCCGGCCCCUACUGUGAUAGAGGCAGCUGCAGACAACAUGCAGCCAUCCACCGGCAUCCAGUAUUCCCUCCCCCAAGGCUACCAGGUGCCUACAAUGCCUCAGAGCACAAGUGGACAUGGACACGGACAUGGACAUAACAAUACUGCACCUCAUGUGGGUCCCCAUGCACACAGCCUAGCAGUUCAGUCCCAGGGCCCUGCAGUGGUCCAAGGUCAUGCUCAUCCACCCGCACCCAUGACUUCAACCCAAGGACAGCAGUUUCAGCGACUGAAGGUAGAAGAUGCCUUGUCCUAUCUGGAUCAAGUGAAGCUGCAGUUUGGGAAUCAGCCACAAGUUUACAAUGAUUUCCUUGAUAUUAUGAAAGAGUUCAAGUCACAGAGCAUAGACACUCCUGGAGUCAUCAACCGUGUGUCCCAACUUUUUAAGGGCCAUCCAGACCUCAUUAUGGGCUUUAACACUUUCUUGCCACCCGGGUAUAAGAUUGAGGUUCAAACCAACGAUUUAGUCAAUGUGACCACGCCAGGUCAGAUCCACUACAUCACCCCUCAUGGUAUUUCUGUUCAAAACAUCCCUGUAAGUGGAGCAUCCAGCCAACCUGCGAGCCACCACCAGCACCAGAGUCUGCCACAGGCUGGCCCGCAAACUACCACUACCCCCACCACCACCACCACCCCACCCAUCCCCACUCAACCAGCUCCAAAUAAAAGCAGCAAGCCAAUUCAGUCUCCAGCCCAUACACCCACCAGCCAGCCCAACCCUUCCAUCCCAUCCUACGCCUCACCGCGCUCACCUUCGGUUCAGUCCCACACUCCUGUGAGCAGCACGCCAUCUGGUGGGCCACCUCUCCAGAACAACCAACCUGUAGAGUUCAACCACGCUAUAAAUUAUGUCAACAAGAUCAAGAACCGCUUCCAGGGUCAGCCAGACAUUUACAAAGCCUUCCUGGAAAUCCUUCACACAUACCAGAAGGAACAACGAAAUGCUAAAGAGGCAGGAGGCAACUACAUCCCAGCACUCACUGAGCAGGAGGUCUACACUCAGGUGGCAAGACUCUUCAAGAACCAGGAGGACCUGCUCUCAGAGUUUGGACAGUUCCUGCCUGAUGCAAACAGCUCACUGCUUCUGGGCAAGACUACACCAGACAGGGCAGAGUCGGUGCGUAAUGAUCAUGGCGGCACAGUAAAGAGACCCUUAAUUAACAACAAACAGAGGCUGAGCCACAACGGCCUGCCAAUCAGGAGACCUGCUGGAGUGGGAGCCACACCACCUGUCAAGAAGAAACCUAAAAUAAUGGGGAAGGACCAUGGCAUGACUGAAGUCAGCAAACACAGCACCAGCACUGAAACUAUGUUCUUUGAGAAGGUGAAGAAGGCUCUUCGGAGCUCUGAGGCAUAUGACAACUUCCUGCGGUGUCUUCACAUUUUCAACCAGGAAGUUAUCUCGCGUGCCGAGCUGGUGCAGUUAGUCAUUCCAUUUCUUGGAAAAUUCCCAGAGCUUUUUACAUGGUUCAAAAAUUUCCUGGGUUACCGAGAGUCCAGUCACGGGGAGUCGAGCAAUGCAGAGAGUUUACCCAAGGAGCGUGCUACAGAGGGCAUCGCCAUGGAGAUUGACUACGCUUCCUGCAAGAGGCUGGGGUCUAGCUAUAGAGCACUGCCGAAGAGCUACCAGCAGCCCAAGUGCACAGGAAGAACGCCGCUGUGCAGAGAGGUUCUGAAUGACACGUGGGUGUCGUUUCCAUCGUGGUCUGAGGAUUCUACAUUUGUGAGCUCCAAGAAGACUCAAUAUGAGGAGCACAUUUACAGAUGUGAGGAUGAGCGCUUUGAGCUGGAUGUUGUGUUGGAAGCCAAUCUUGCCACGAUACGAGCCCUGGAGACAGUGCAGCGGAGGCUUUCUCGCAUGUCAGCUGAGGAGCAGCUGCGCUUCAAGUUGGACAACACAAUGGGCGGCUCCUCAGAGGUCAUUCACCGCAAAGCUAUCCAGAGGAUAUAUGGAGACAAGGCCCACGACAUCAUCGACGGGCUCAAGAGGAACCCAGCUGUGUCUGUCCCCAUAGUGCUGAAAAGAUUAAAAAUGAAGGAGGAGGAAUGGAGAGAAGCCCAGAGAGGCUUCAACAAAAUCUGGCAGGAGCAGAAUGAAAAGUAUUACCUGAAGUCACUCGACCAUCAAGGCAUCAACUUCAAGCAGAAUGACACCAAAGUAUUGCGUUCAAAGAACUUGCUGAAUGAAAUUGAGAUGCUAUAUGAUGACCGCCAGGAGCGAGCAUCAGAGGAAACUGCCACACCGCCACCGAGCGGCCCACACAUGACCCUGACCUAUGAAGACAGCCAAAUCCUGGAGGACGCUGCUGCCCUCAUCAUCCAUCACGUCAAAAGACAGGUGGGCAUCCAGAAAGAAGACAAGUAUAAGAUCAAACAGAUCAUCCACCACUUCAUCCCUGACCUGCUGUUUGCACGGCGAGGUGAGCUCUCUGAUGUGGAGGAGGAGGAAGAAGAGAAGUUAGAAGACCUUGAGAUGGAUCAAGACGGCCCCAAGAAGCACAAUGGCCUGCCAGGCAGCAGCCCAUCAAAGUCCAAGCUCCUCUUCAGCAACACAGCAGCUCAGAAGCUACGGGGCACAGAUGAUGCCUAUAACCUGUUCUUCGUGAACAACUACUGGUAUAUCUUCCUUCGUCUUCACCACAUCCUCUGUUCUCGUUUGCUACGAAUCUACGGGCAAGCUGAGAAGCAGAUUGAGGAGGAUUCCCGUGAGCGAGAGCAGGAAAGAGAAGUGUUGGGGCUCAAAAGGGAGAAAAAUGAAAAUCCAGCAAUCCAACUGAAGAUGAAGGAGCCGAUGGAUGUUGAUGUAGAGGACUAUUACUCAGUGUUUCUGGAGAUGGUGCGUAAUCUUUUGGAUGGAAACAUGGAGCCAGCUCAGUAUGAGGACUCCCUGAGGGAAAUGUUUACUAUCCAUGCCUACAUUGCCUUCACCAUGGACAAACUCAUCCAGAGCAUUGUCCGGCAGCUCCAGCACCUUGUCACUGAUGAUGUAUGUGCGCGUGUGACGGACAUGUACCUGAGCGAAAGUGCCAAUAAAGCCACGGGGGGCACACUAUCCACGCAGACAUCCAGGGCCACAGCAGAGGGGGCCUACCAACGCAAAGCAGAGCAGCUUAUGUCCGAUGAGAACUGCUUCAAGUUGAUGUUUGUAAAGAGCCGAGGAUCUGUCAGUCUGGCCAUGGAACUGCUGGACACAGAAGAGGAGAACUCUGAUGAGCCAGCAGAGGCAGAGAGGUGGUCAGACUACGUGGGCAGAUACCUGAACUCCGAUUCUGCAUCCCCAGAGCUGCGUGAGCAUCUUGCCCAGAAGCCGGUGUUCCUCCCCAGGAAUUUGAGACGGAUACGGAAGUGCCAGAGAGGAUGGGAGCAGCUACAACAGGAGAGAAUGACCAAGGUCCCCUCGGACAAGUCGAAAGACGGCAACACUGAGCUGAAGAUGGAGUGCAUGUUCAAGCUCAACUCUUACAAGAUGGUCUAUGUCUGCAAAUCAGAGGAUUACAUGUACAGGCACACAGCACUCACACGGGCUCAUCAGUCCCAACAGAGGGUCAACACACGCCUGCACAGACGCUUUCAGGCGUGGCUGGACACCUGGGCCAAAAAGCAUGUGACCAGCGACAUGUCUGCCGACAGCCGCAAGUGGCUGAUGGGAGAUGAACAAGAAGGCCUGUUGUCCUGCACCACCACUUGCAGCCCUGAGGUUCUCCAUUAUCUCAACAUUAACAAGUAUCGAGUGAAGUACAGAACACUGUAGUCUCUCUUAUCGAAAGAUAAGCUGUGGCAGUGACGUCUUCACACAACAAACUGCCAGUGAUAACUUCAUAUAUACAGUAGCUCCAGUGGAUUUUUCCAACCUGCUGUUACUGGAUUCAUUUGCCAAAAUUUUGGGGGGGUUGUCAGUCCACAAUUCAAAUUGGAUGUAAAGUUUCCACUUUUUGCAAAUGUGUCAGAACUGAUUCAGGAACUUUGUCUUGACUUUCAAGUUUUCACUGCAAAUUCUGCACCGUUUGUGAAAUGGAAGUUUUGUCUCUAUAUUGGAAACCACCCACCUGUCUCAGUAAUCCCAUUAUAAUAAAUGCAAAUUUUUACAUGAGAUUAAUAUACAGAGAAAACACCCCUUACUGCAUCUUCUCUUUGGAGCAAUUCACAGUUUAAACAAAAAAAACCUGGUUAUGCAUUUAAUAACUAAAACUCAGCAACUUAAUGAUAUAAGUGUUGUUUUGAGGACCACCUCAUGAUUUUACAGGAAAUAAAAACAACCUCAGUUUUUCUCUUUAGGGAGAACAACUACUUGUUACUUCUGUUAAAAUGUGUAUUGUCGGAGUUGGAGAUACAUAUUCAUUCAUUCAUUCAUUCAUUCAACAUCCCAGCGACUGCUGGGUAGAUGCUUGGUAUCAGUACAAUGCCAGCAGUGUGUAUCGAGUACAAUAAUUUAUGACCGCCCAAACAAUUGGUGUAAAUAUGUUGUUUGUAUCGAGAUUUUUUUUUUUUUUUUAUCAAUGUCAUUGAUGUGUAGCGUACAUUAACACACGCACAUAGUAUCUUUUAGCUAGAGGUUGCCGAGAAGUUUAUUAAGAAAAUGAAAACUUUUAACUGUUUUUUACAAAAGGAUGUUAAUUAGAGACAUCUUUCCUUUGUGGUCUGUUGAACGUGUUGUCACUAAAGUCUUAGUAGAAAAACUACCCAUUUUAUAUUUGUUUGGCCCCUUUCUGCGCAUUUCUACCUUCAGUCUUUGGCAUCAGUGUCACUUGGUGGUUUUAACAUGAUUGAAUGUAGCUGAGCAGCAAUUUCUCGUUUUUGAAAGUACAGAAGUACAUGUCUGUUUUUCAAAGUACUGAAGUCCUAACAGUACUGUCAACUUUUUCUUGUAUUUAAACUUUACCAAAUGGUUAGAAUCUGUAUGACAGGUUCAGUGAUCUCACAAUGUAUCACCUAUAAAAAGUGUACAUGAGUUGUGUUUAUUUUUUAUGCCCAGUGUUGACUACGAACACUGACUGAUGUAUAGUAGUAUACGUGAAUGCCAGCCAUGUGAAUUGUGUACAGUUUAAGGCUUCAGAAAAGAAGCAAGCAAUAAUUCCUUUAGUCGCAGUCUAUCAAAGCUAUCAGUUUGUAUUUCUUGCCGAAAUACAAAUGUGAAUGUGUUGUAUUCCCUUAAAGGACGGAUGUAAACUAAGGAUUUUUAUUGCCAUGUUCCCCUCUACAGUUUUUUUUUUUGUUUUUUUGUUUUUUUUUGUGUUUUUUUUUUGUUUUUUUGGGGUUUUUUUAAUAAAACUGGAAUUGGCACUGUAGAUAUUGUAGGUAAGGUUGGAUGGGAAGAUAUCCAUCACACUAAAUGCUGUAAAGUGUGUUUCACAGUGGAAAUCGCUAUAUAAGCAAAAGGCUUUUCUUAACAUUGAGAAGUCAGAUCCUUGUAAUUUUUCACGUAUGGAUCAUAACUUGAGCUGGAUGGAAGCAAACGCACCAAAAGUUCAGUAUGGAAGUGCAGAUUGGCAACACUCCUAAGAAGAAAAUAAAUUAAUUAAUAAAAAAAAAAUGAAGCUGCCUGCCAUUUUCCUGAACUCCAUUAAAGGCGAUGGUCAGUAACAUAACCAGCUACAGACAAUCUUGGAACUUGUGUUUUUAUUUUUAUAUUGACUGUGUUUUAAUAUGGAAUACCACAGAAAGUCCCGCAGAGCUGAUUGUACAUAAAGACAUCGUUUGUACCUCGUUUAACAUGUCUCUUCUCUUGACUUUUAUUAUGUUGUACAUGAGUGUUAGUAUGGUGUUUGGCAUUAAAAUAUCCUUUAAAUAGA